AUGUUCUCCCGCUCAGUACUCCGGAGCUUCACCUCCGAUAUACGCCUAACAGCACCAUCAUCAAUUGCCUCACCAUUCACGCAACGCGCAUGCCUGCACCAAACCGCCUUGCUCCGAUCUCAACAACAACCACCCCAAUCCUCAUCCACUUCUUCAACUUCAACCCCCGACUCCCCCCUGUCCGCAAUCCCACGCGCACAAUCAUCCAUCCCAGAUACCCAGUCCCAAAACACACCCCAGUCUCAACUACGCGAUGACAUCCCCGUCGAAAAACAGCCACUGCCACCAACAUUCACUUCACCAGUUGAAGUCUCCAAGACACUGAUGGAGCAACUUCCCCAUCUUGCCGGCCAAAAACCACACUACGUUGUUGCCGAACUUCACGCUAGACCCUUCCUCUUAACAGAGGGUGAUCAUGUCCGUUUGCCUUUCCUUAUGCCUAAGGUGAAGACUGGUGACAUUUUGCGCUUUAAUCGUGCUUCGGCGGUUGGUUCGCGCGAUUUUACACUUAAGGGGUCCCCGCAUGUUGAUGAGAGAUUGUUUGAGUGUCGGGUUCGUGUUGUUGGGGUUGAGUCUGAGCCUUUGCGGAUUAAGGAGAAGACUAAGCGGAGACAGAGACAUACCAAGACUGCUAAGAGUAAGCAUCGGUAUACUAUUAUGCGUGUUAUGGAUGUGAAGGUUAAGAGUCCUGAGCAGCUUUUGAAGGAGGGCGCUGUUGUUGUUGAGGAUAAGGGGGAUUCUCCUCAGGUUGAGACUCGGUCAUAA